AUCUAUUUCCUCUACAACAGCAGCAAAUCUAUAUUUUAUAGUUUAGUGCCUUGCUGCAAGUUCUGGCUCAUUGCAUUGGCCAUAUUUUGCACAUUCAAUCCACUCCACAGAGCGAAGGGUCCGUGCUUUGUCCGUGUUCGAGAAGAGAUCUCCUCCUCAACCAUCAAUCUCAGCCCUCGCUUUUCCUUAGCACCUCAACCAUGGCGAAAAACAAGACCAAAAGGCCAAACCAAGAGCCACAGAAUAGUAAAAGCAACAAGAAAUCGAAAACCUCAGCAACUGUCACGCCACCACCAGAUGCUUCGGCCCCACCAAAAACACUGCAUGAUUUGAUGCUCAACGAAGACGACAUUGAAAUCAGUGUAGAUACCUUGAACACCCUUGCAGCAAAUCCGAACGUGCUCAAAUCGAAAGCCUGCAAGGACUUGCGGACUGCCGUCUUUGGGUUCCGAAAGGCUUGCACGACUGGUUUCAAUUCAUCUGAUGACGCGAAUUUGACUGCAAAAAUCAGCGGCGCUUUGGCUGACGAGGGCUAUGUUGAAGCUCGCAUCUCGCUCGCAGAGAUGCGUAUUCGAGAUCAAGUACCGAAAUUAGGUGCUCUAUGUCGAUGGGUGCGAGACUUGGAUGUUGUAAGUGGGUUGGCUGAGCAAGUGCAUGUCAGAGGCGCAAAGAGAAGCGCAAAAGAGGAGCAAGUACUCAGAGUUUUAGAUGCAAUUGCACGCGUCAUAGGUCCGGUGGACCAUAUAGUUGACCAAGACACUAUAUCAGAUGGACCAAUCAUUCCCAGAAAAGCAUGGGACCUGAGAGGGACGAAAAAGAGAGCCGAGACCUAUGCGAGUGUUCUGGAUCGGAGUAUUUUCCCUAAAACCGAUCUGGCUCUACAAUUCAACAUCACCUCUUGCUUCCGCGCCAUCGAAAGGACUCCAGGCCCCGAACGGAAACCGCCCAAUCAUCAUCCAGCCAUUGUUCAUGCCUCCAACGACAAGGCCAUACCGUUUUCCUUCGAGCCACCGAAAACAGCUCAUCACAAGCAUCCUGUCGUUCCAAAUCUCCAUCUCCUGAAAGACGCACUCACACAAGACGAGUGCAGUCGAAUAAUCGCCGCCACGGAAACCAUAGGUUUCACACCCGAUGCCCCCAUCCGUGCCGAAGGCGAAGAAACCAGCAUCCUAGCCCACAACGUCUACUGGCUCGCCGACAAUGCAUUCUGCAACGGCCUCUGGGACCGCGUCGCCCCUUUCAUCCCCCCGACUGUCGACGGCAAGGCCGUCCGAGGGCUAAACCGCCGCUUCCGAGUCUACAGAUACGUGCCGCAUGCCGAAUACCGCAUCCAUAUCGACGGUGCCUGGCCGCCUUCUUCAGAAGAUCCCGUCACUAAUAAAUACAUCUACGAUGCUUCUCCGCCUGGUGCUAAGCAAUCAUCACUCUUCACGUUCCUGAUCUAUUUGAAUGAUGAGUUCGAAGGCGGGGAGACAACAUUCUUCUUGCCGAGUGUCAAGGAGGGAAGUCUGAAUGCGUACCCCGUUAAGCCGAUUCAAGGGAGCAUUGCGAUGUUUCCGCAUGGGGAGGUUGAGGGAGCACUGCUGCAUGAGGGGACUGGGGUGCGGGAGGAAGAGAAGCCGUCGGCGAAGUAUGUGAUAAGGACGGAUGUGUUGUAUGAUGUUGAUCGGUCGUAA